AGGUUGACCAUUCUUGCCGGCAUAAUUCGACUGACGAUAUUCUCACCUGUCUUUCACUUCGGUUUCAUAUUGCGGGUUUCCAUAUUCAUCACCUCUGGCAUCCGGUGGCAUUCCUAUAAGAACCUUCGUUUUCCUCUUCUCACCUUUACAUCCUUCACCUUUUUACCUGAUUCCACCAUACCAUACCUCUUCAUCAGUGACAACCACUUUUCCACCAUCUCUCAUUCACAAUCCUUCAUCCUUGAUCUAUCCACACUCAAUCAGCAUGGCGGAAGACACUUCAUCCAACAAGUCGGUGGCUAUGACUCCUCGUGAGACUGAGAUACUGGUCACUUGCCUCCGUAACGUCAAAGGAGGUGAUCUCCAGAUCGAGUUCAACGCCGUGGCUGAAGAGCUUGGCUUGAAGGAUUCCGGCUCAGCUAGAACACAGUGGAACAAAGUCAAGACCAAGCUGUUCGGUAAGAAGCUAGCCACUGCUGCUGCCACUAACGCCGAUGGUGAGACCGCUACCGCGAAGCCCAAGACACCACGAAAGGCUGCCACUCCAAAAGCAGGAAAGAAGACUGCCAAGCCCGAGGUCACCGUCAAGGACGAGGAGGAAGACGAUGAUGCUGAUGGCAGUUCUUCUGCUACUACUGUCAAGAAUGAGGAUGGUGACGCUGAGAAAGGUCAGGUGUCGACUCCUAAGACUGCCGACACGCCAGCAUCAACCACUUCCGCCGGCAAGAAGCGAGGUCGCAAGACCAAAGCUGAAAAGGAAGCCGAAGCUGCCGCCAACGGUGAUGAUGGUGGUGACGAAGAGGAAGAACAGCCACCCAAGAAACAACGCAAGACUCCGGUGAAGAAGAAGACUACCCCAGAAGGCGAGGACGGUGCUGAGCCACCCACCCCGACCAAGCCCAAGAAAGCUGCUCCUCGCAAGUCUGCUGCCAACAAGAUCGCCGCUGCCGAUGGUGAGGAAACUGAUCAAGCUGCUGCUGCCGUCUCUAUGGCCAUUGUUGAAGAAGAAAAAGCAAAGAAGGAGAAGCUUGCCGCCGCCGCCCAGCUGGCGAAUAAUGUUCUAACGGGCAAGAAGGUGGUUAGUCCUAUCAUUCCUGACAACAACGGAUCCGCUGCUGCUCAGGUCACCGAGGAACAUCGUGAAGAGCCUGCCGUCUUUACCGCUGCAGUUGCGAACGGCGACAGCCAGGGCCAGAUCGAGCAGGACAACAAACAAGUCAUCGCUACCGUCGUGACUGACAUCGUCGCUCCGGCUACGGCGUGACUCAACAUUGUGAUCAGAAUUGCGUGGACUUAUCCCGGCACUGAUGGCACAAUGACAACCACCAUUGUCAACAUUGAGCUGAAUAUUCAUCGACCCGCGGAAUGAUAUUGGGUGCGAUGAACAAAUGGGCUGGUUUUCAGGGGAGGAAAAGACAGGAAUACAUGCGAAAUUGGCUGCAUGAUACAGAUACGGUGUGUCAAUGUGCUGAGAACGAGCUAAAUA